AAGUACUGGAUUUUGCAAGUUAAUUUGACCUUUCACAAGUACGUUGCUGGUGCUUAAAGUUUAAACAAAUACUAAUCGUUGCACAACCUCAAAUACAGUGAGAAUUCUGCAAAUUGUACGUAAAAUGAGCGAAGCUGCGUCAAUGGAGCAACUUUCAGCACUGCGUUUAAAGUACCAUGAACGUAAAGAUGCAUUUCUGGAGCAGAAUAUAAGCGUGAAGGAUCCGUUUUGUGUAUUCCGUGACUGGCUGAACGAUGCGCUCAACACCAAAGAGAUUCUGGAACCAAAUGCUGCCGCUUUAGCUACAGUGGAUGCCGAGGGAAAACCCUCAAAUCGCUUUGUCCUGGUCAAGGAGGCCACAGCAGAAGGCUUUACAUUUUUUACCAACUACGGCAGCCGUAAGGCCGAGGAGAUUGCCGGUAACUCAAAUGUGGCAAUCGCCAUCUAUUGGAUGCCACUGAGACGCAGUGUUCGGAUUGAGGGCGUCGCCGAGAAGAUUCCACAGGCAGCGUCCCUCAAGUAUUUCCAUGAGCGUCCACGUGCUAGCCAAAUCGGAGCAGCCGCCAGUCCGCAAAGUCAACGCAUUCCCUCUCGCAGCUACCUGGACGAGAUAGAAACGAGCAUUAAGGAGAAACUUGGCCCCGACGGCGAGGUGCCGUUGCCCAAUUGGGGCGGCUAUCUAGUGCGUCCGACUCUAAUCGAGUUCUGGCAAGGACAAACGGAUCGCUUGCACGAUCGCAUCCGUUUUCGACGUGGACCUGACGUCGAGUCUGAAAUCGACAACAAGUUGGUGCAUUGUGGGGAAAAUGGUUGGGUUUAUGAACGACUCGCACCAUAAAUCAUGAGGCAAAGGAACUGAAUGCAAAUCAUUUGUUGUGUCUUCCAAAAUGCUUGUUAUAGAGUAAAAAAAAUAAAGCUUAUUGAUAUUUAA